AUGAACCAAAUGACAUCAGCAAUUGUCAUUCAAGAGCCCGGGUAUUUCCCUAAACUAAACAACGAAGAUUUGGGCAUCUUGAUGUUGAAUCAGUUAAGGCAUCUGAGCGAAUUAUUGUUUCCUUUAUUCGUUAGCCCACACACUACGCAUGAGCGAUUCUUCUAUUUGCGUGAGCUGUGGUAUUUCUUCAACCGUAAUCCCUGCCGGCUAUUGACCGAGAAUGAAUUUUUCCGUAAAUUGGAAGCGCUUAGUCGCGCUGAAACCGAAUCAACAAGAGAAGAAGGAUGGUCGUACGUUAUGGCGUCUCUUAUAAUUGACGCCCAAAGCCCCAGACAUUACCCAGACGGCGUUUCCGCUAGUAAUUCAAAUGUACCAUCCCCCGAUGAAGCUAUGACAUCUAGUCCUGAAUAUUCUCCUCAGUCCGACAAGUAUCAGAAAAUUCCCUCCCAAUCCAAGAAAUCAUCACGUCAGCAUCGCUCUCGUUCUGGUGUCGCGCUUCGUAAACCCACUCGCCAACAACCGUACAAUGGGGGAGGAUUUAUAGUAAUGCGCCCCGUUGGCCAGUCCAAUGAACUUACCCCGUUCAUGACCGUGUUUAGUAAAUGGGAUUUACCGGAUAACAGCGAUCCCAAUAUAUUUAGUGGCCUCGGAAGGGUCGGAAGAAGUGAAAGAACUACGAAUAGCCAGUCAAACGUCAACGAUGUUUACCAAGCAUAUGUUUAUCCUUCUCCGCAAGCAUCGCCAAAUGUCCCAAUCAUUCCUUCCCAACCGCCUUCGCCUCAAACGUCCGAUUUGUCUCAGUG